AUGGAAAUGGAUCAAGAUAUGGAGCAACAGAUGGAGCAGGAGCAUGUUCAGGAUGCAGAACUGGAGCAAGGGCCGAGACAAGGCCUGAGUUUGAGCAGCCAAAUGAAGAAUCAUAUUGUACAGUUCCUACAACAGCAAUGCCAAGCUGGAGCACUGCCACAUGGUUCAUUUCAAGAGGCAGCCAAUAGAUUCAAAGUGCACAGAAGUACAGUGAGCCGCUUAUGGGGGAUAGCCAAGCAGCAAAUUUCAGAUGGGGAACCUGUUAUCAUGAGGGGUAGAGCAUCAGGAUAUACUAAGAAAUCAGGUAAAAUACAUUUUGAUGAUGAAAAAUUCAAACAAUUGUCUUUUCUUGAGAGGUCUUGCUAUAGAAAGCUUGCAUAUAAAAUGGGAGUUAGCAAUACCACAGUUGGUAGAUGGGCAAAGAGUCACCUGAUAAGGCCACAUGCAAAUGCCAUAAAACCAGCAAUUACUGAAGCAAACAAGAUCAGUAGAAUGAGAUGGUGUCUUACUCAUAUUCAGCCAGCUUUGUAUGAAGGAAAGCUUCUUUACCAUGCUAUGCACAACACAGUUCAUAUUGAUGAGAAAUGCUUUUACAUGACAAAAGCUUCAGACAGAUACUACCUAUUGCCGGAUGAGGAUGAGCCUAACAGGGCUUGCAAGUCAAAAAGAUUCAUCACAAAGGUGAUGUUCAUGUGUGCUGUAAGUAGGCCACAGUUUGGCACAGAUGGUCAGACCAUCUUUGAUGGUAAAAUAGGAAUAUUCUCAUUCACAGAACAAGUUCCAGCCAAAAUGAAGUCCAAGAAUAGGCCAAGAGGGACAUUAGAGACUAAACAUAUACCAUCAGUUAACAAGGAAGCAAUGAGAGAAUGUCUCUUGAAUCAGAUUAUUUCAGCAAUCAAGGCAAAGUGGCCAGCCAAUGCAAGCAAGGAUAUAUAUAUCCAACAAGAUAAUGCCAAACCUCACCUAAGAUCUUUUGACUCACAAUUUGAUGAACUUGCAAGUUCAGAUGGAUUUAAGUUCCAUCUAAUUAGCCAACCAGCCAACUCCCCAGACACCAGUGUAUUGGACCUUGGCUUUUUUAGGGCCAUUCAAUCACUACAAGAUGAUAAAGUAGCAACCAACAUAGAUGAAUUACUGGCUGCCCAGCAAGAUCCUAGAAGUGCAUGGGGGCAACAACUACAAAAUACCCCACUUGAACAAGGAAAGGCUGAGAAGGACAGUGGGGCUUCCUACAUCCCUAGAAGUUGGGGAGAAUCUGGUCAAAGAGAGCUUGGAGUAUCUACUACUACCUCAGAAUGA